AUGAAAGAAAUAGAAUAUGGUGAGACCCGCAACUCCACCGCCAUCACCAAAACUACAACAACCGUAUAUGUUCCAAACAAAUUUCAGAAGAGGACGUACUCGUGCAAAAACUCCCCGGAUUCCCUACAACAAGGAAGUACUCAUGGGAUUGGCGAAGAAAUGUUCUCGGCAAAUCAACUUUGGUUGACUGGAUUUGUUUAUAAGAUCCUCAAGUACGGAGGGUCCCCCACCAAACAUAUUUUGAUGCAUCUUCCUCACUAUUAA